AUGACUCGUCACCAAGGAGACCCAGCUUUUCGCGUACUAGCAGAACAUCAAGUCACAGAAUUUAUCACAGAUGCCCCACUUCAUAACGAGGAAGGGGACAAAGGGACCUCAAAAACUAUAUCCCGUGCACCGACUGUGCUAGAAGAUGGGUUCCUCUAUGUUGAUUUCGAAGACGGAGAUAUGCGGAAUCCAGUCAACUUCUCUCCUACAAGAAAGUGGGCAAUCACGAUAAAUGCUUGUGUCUUUACGAGCACUGUAGCUGCUGCCAUAUCUUCAUAUACUAUGGGUUAUUCGUCCAUGAUCAGAGACCUCAAUUGCACAUUAUUUCAAGCAACUCUGGGAUUUAGCGUGUACACCAUAGGAUUUGCACUCGUGCCCUUGGUCACUUCGUCGUUCAGCGAGGAAUUCGGCCGCUUUCCUUUUUACAUCGUCUCGUCUUUCAUGAUUGUACUGACUGAAGUGAUGAUAGCUUUGGCACCGAAUAUACAAACCGUCAUUGUAGCUCGUACUCUUGGAGGGUGCUUUGGCUCGACGGGCGCGACACUCGUGGCUGGGAGUAUCGCAGACAUAUGGCUGCCUCAUCAACGAGGACUCCCGAUGUCCCUCUUUGCCUUGGCGGCUCUUGCAUCUUCUGGAUUAGGCCCGAUGGUUGCGGGCUGGAUCGAAGCUAAUCCAUCCCUGCAAUGGCGGUGGAUACAAUGGAUCCAUGCUAUCGUUAGCGGGGUGUGUUCGAUCUCCAUGCUUUUUAUUCUGAAAGAGACUCGCUCGACCAUCAUUCUGGCUCGUAUAGCCCAUCAAGUUCGAAAGAACACCGGAGAUGGUCGAUAUCGUGCAAGAUCAGAAGUAGACAAGCCUUGCCUUAUGUCUAUGGUUGCGACUUCAUGUACUCGCUCAUUAAGUCAUUUUGUAUGGGGAGUCCUCUUCUUUUUACUCGAUUCAGUAUCGAGCGAAUUCAAAAACAUCUACGGAUUUGGUGUCGGAGAGACUGGGAGCGUUUUCGUCACCAUAGCCAUCGGAAGUUUUCUAGGUUAUUUGACUAAUAUCUACGGGGAAAGACUAUACAAAAAAUAUGUCCACCGCAAAGGCCCAGAAGCUCGUCUUUACAUAGCUUGCGUAGCAUCCAUAAUCUUUCCUAUCGGAAUGCUCAUCCUUGCGUGGACCGCCCGAGCGGAUAUCCCAUGGAUAGUUCCCAUGAUUGGCCUUACGCUUUUCAUGACCUCCGCUUUUGUCCUGUAUCAAGUCGUAUUCAUCUACUUGGCAGAUUGCUAUGGGCCCUAUGCAUCUUCAGCGCUGGCAGGUCAGAGCAUGUGUCGAAAUAUACUUGCUACUGUCUUCCCGCUCUAUACGAGCCGAAUGAAUGACGUCCUAACGUACAAAUGGGCAGGUACAGUCUUUGCGCUAAUAGCGGCCAUCAUGAUUCCUAUACCAUAUAUUUUUUUCUUUUAUGGGUCGAGAAUGCGAAAGUGCAGCCCUGUCUCCCGGAAGAUCCUGGAGAUCGAAGCCGAACAACAGAACUCCGACUCGGAAAAGUCGUAA